CUUCCAGCCGCACGACAUGCCUACGCCCCGGCGAACGACUUAGCGGCACGUCAUGGCGUCGCCGAAUCAGCCCAGCGGUGCAAGUGCGGAGCCCAACAGCGAUGACCACGGGAAGAAGGAGAAGGCCGAGACGCCCGGUGAGGGCCAUGGCCUCUUCCACGCGCAGCGGCUGCGCGACAUGGCGGCGGAGCUGCGACAUAUCCACGACAUCACCGCGGAGCUGCCCACCUUCCACGACGUGGCAACGGAGCUUUCCAGUAAGGCCACGGAGCUCUCCGCCAAGGCCCAGGCCACGGCCACGGAGCUCUCCGCCAAGGCGCAGCAGACGGCCACGGAGCUGUCCGCCAAGGCCCAGGCCACGGCCACCGAACUGUCGGCCAGGGCGCAGGCUACGGCCACCGAGCUCUCUGCCAAGGCUCAUGAGCUGUCUGACUCGAUCUUCAAUCACAUGUUUCGCUAUGAGUCUGCGGUGCAAGCCAGACGGAGAGCCUUGAUGCUGGUGGAUGUGCUCGUGGAACGCCCUUGCGCGGGGCGCCUGAAACGCCGCUGGGUGUUACUGGCCACCUGCGUGACCUUUUGUUAUCUGCGCUACGUGCUGCCGGUGCUCACCUGUUGGGGUUCCAGACAUUGGGAGCAGAGCGUGGACGCCAGCGAGUUUGAGGAAACGGUGGGAGGCCAUAACUCCCACGUGAGCUUUGCCGUCCUCUUCCUGGUAUCCAUUGGUUACCUUUCGAUGCUCCAUUGCUCGGCACGAUUGAUGGAGGCGAGGUUGCCGAUUCAGAGCAGUAUUUUUGAGAUGCUGGUGGUGUACAACAUGACCCAGAUGCUCUUCAAUGCCUUUGUCAGCAGUCAACUUCUACGCGAAGCUUGGGCGCAAGGCUUCAAAAGACCCUGGGGAAAUGUCUUCACCUACACGAAGGAAAGCCACCGCUUGGGCUACUUCAUCUGGCUGCACUACCACGGCUGCCAACUGGAACUGCUUGACACGCUUUUUAUAGUCAUUCGCAAGAAGUUCCAAAAGAUCACCUUCCUCCAUGUCUGGCUGCGACUGCUGAACAUGUGGGGCUGGUUUUUCGCUUGCCGCUACGCGUGCGGCGGCGACACCUAUUUUCCCGCCUCCGUCAAUGCUGCCACCCGUGCGGUGGUCUACGCUUUUUAUAGUUGGUCCUUGCUGACGGACCUGGGAGUUCCGCUGGUGCAGAAGGCGCACAUCACGGAGCUCCAGAUGUUUCAGUUUGCCAUUUGCGCCUGUCACGCUUUGUUUUGCAUGUACAAUUUCUGGAAUAUGCAGAUUCCCAGAAUUGUCUUAGUGAUCUACUUCAUGGUGAUGCUGAAUGGCUUGAUGCUCUACACAGACUUCCACUACCAGGUGGAAGGUAAGAGUGAGGCCAAGGUACAGACUGUCCGCAAGGUGAGUAUAGCCUUUGACUCCAGCGGAUGGAUGUAUUGCUAUCACUUCGGUGUGGCUGCGUGGUUGCGAGAGCACAUGAUGCCUGAAGACCUUACCACAGAGGCUGCCACCACGACGGCCUUCCCGGCAUCCCUGACCUUCAGCGGUUCCAGCGGCGGCGCCUUAGUUGCCACGGCGCUGGGCACGGGGCUGCGGCCCAGGGAGAUCUUUGAGAUGGUGGUGAAGAAACAGCCAGAGUGCAAGUACAACCCCUUCCGCAUGCUCCCCGCAGCUGAAGAAGUCUUGCAGAAGGCCUUGCCCGAGAACUCGCACGAGAGCUUGUCAGGGCGGGUGCGGAUCCUGCUGACCCGGGUAUCCCUGAAGUAUCCCUUCUUCACUGCGGAAGUGGUCAACAAGUUCAGCAGCAAAGAAUCGGUUUUCCACGCCUUGAGAGCUUCAUGCCACGUUCCGAUUCUGGGUGGCUUUGGACCCUAUCGCUAUGAUGGCCAUGCCUACUUUGAUGGCAUGUUCUGGCCGCAGGUCCUGGUUCCCUGGAAAGGCACCGACAGCGACCUGGUGAUCCGCGUGGCUGCGUUGCUGCGGAACCUCUCCAGUGACAUCAAAGCGCCAUCGGUGCCCACCUGGUGGUCCGUGUUUCCUCCUGAGGAGGACGUUCUACGAGGCCUCUACUGGCAAGGCUACAGCGAUGCCGCACGAUGGUUCACCCAGGGUCCUCAGAGUGCUUUUGAUUGCAUCUCUUGCAGAGCUUCCGUUGCUCCGAGCGGCAUGAGAAGGCGAUCCUCCACCAAAGGUCGCAAGGCCGAGGAGGACGAGGAACCCAAAGAUGACCGACCUGCAGCACUGUUGGAGGUUCAAAAACUGCUGUUGAAAAAACCUGCAGACGAAGCACUUCCGGAGUCAGAUCCACUGACAGGACGAUCGCCUUUGGAGUACAUUGCCAUCAUGGAGGAAACGAUGCGCUGGCAGAAGAAGUGGCUGUGGAUUGUGUCAGGGAUCUCGAUCUUUCUCAUUUUCCUGUGGAUCCUCUUCGGCUGGUUCUGACACAGAUGUGACGCAUGUGAGGUGCCCAGGGCCAGGGUGGUG